AUGGAACUCCCCUCACAUCCAUCUGCAUCCCAUGGAAGAGGGAAGGCUCAAGGACGUGGGUCCAAUCCCCCUCAUAACCAGGCCCCUAAGACCACUGCACCUAGGAUAAUCGUCCAUUGGACCAGACCAUCAGAUCUCCGUGGCACAGACACACUAGUGCAGCAUCUUGUCACUCACCCUUUGGAUGCCCGCAUAAUAUUCUACAAGGGUAAAAAAUCUGCAACUUCCAGCAAUGAGGAGUGUCCUUCUGGAAAGGGAAAGGACAAGGGGGAAAUCUAUCAAGUCUUGGCAAAACUUAUCUUCAUGAACAACUCAGAAUAUUCAGGUGCAUAUGCUGAGGACUCAAAGAAAUUCAACAUUGUGAAGUCAUUCAAGGAGCAGCUUGACAAGUUUAACAAGACUGGUGCUGGUGUCACUCCGUGUGACAAAAAUGUAGCUGUUAAUCUACACAAAUUGCUUGAGUUCCCAUGGUACGACCAACUCUACCCCUUCCUGUUCUCUAAUACAACAUGUGGUGCUGUGGGACGCCAACCACUACUGGGCUUCUAUUCCCCUCCGCCCAGCCGAAUCUGA